GACCCGGAGGAUUAUGAGCGAACCAUGAGGCGGCUGCGGCGCUGGGCGAUCGCGGCUCUGCUGCUGUUGCCGCUGCUCCCCCCGCCCGGUCUUGGGGCCCUGGGUCCCAGUGGAGCUCUGCACUGGAAGAGUUCAGCCCAUGUGGGGAGCCCAGAGAGUCCAGAGGGCCCUGAGGUCACAGAGCCCAGCCGGCUGGUAAGGGAGAGCUCCGGGGGAGAGGUCCGAAAGCCACAGUUGGACACCAGGGUCCGCCAGGAUCCGCCUAGGGGGACGCCUGUGCACCUGGCCCAGGUGAGUUUUGUCAUCCCAGCCUUCGACUCAGACUUCACUCUGGACCUGGAGCUAAACCAUCACCUCCUGUCCUCGCAGUACGUGGAGCGACACUUCAGCCGGGAGGGGACAAGGCAGCACAACACUGGGGCUGGAGACCACUGCUACUACCACGGGAAACUCCGGGGCAACCCAGACUCCUUUGCUGCACUCUCCACCUGCCAGGGGCUUCAUGGGGUCUUCUCUGAUGGCAACCUGACUUACAUCAUAGAACCUAAGGAGAUGGCUGGACCUUGGGGACCCCCACAGGGACCCCUUCCCCACCUCAUUUACCGGACCCCUCUCCUCCCAGCCCCCCUUGGAUGCAGGGAACCAGGCUGCCUGUUUGCUGUCCCUGCCCAGUCUGCUCCUCCCAACUGGCCCAAGCUAAGAAGGAAAAGGCAGGUCCGCAGGGGCCACCCCACAGUGCACAGCGAGACCAAGUAUGUAGAGUUGAUUGUGAUCAACGACCACCAGCUGUUUGAGCAGAUGAGGCAGUCGGUGGUCCUCACCAGCAACUUUGCAAAAUCUGUUGUGAACCUGGCAGAUGUGAUAUACAAGGAGCAGCUUAACACAAGAAUUGUGCUGGUUGCCAUGGAAACAUGGGCAGAUGGGGACAAGAUCCAGGUGCAGGACGAUCUACUGGAGACCCUGGCCCGGCUUAUGGUCUACCGGCGGGAGGGUCUGCCUGAGCCCAGUGAUGCCACCCACCUCUUCUCGGGUAGAACCUUCCAGAGCACCAGCAGCGGGGCGGCCUACGUGGGCGGCAUCUGUUCACUGUCCAGGGGUGGGGGUGUGAACGAGUAUGGCAACAUGGGUGCCAUGGCGGUGACCCUGGCCCAGACGCUAGGACAGAACUUGGGCAUGAUGUGGAAUAAACACCGGAGCUCGGCAGGAGACUGCAAGUGUCCAGACAUCUGGCUGGGCUGCAUCAUGGAGGACACUGGGUUCUAUUUGCCCCGCAAGUUCUCGCGCUGCAGCAUCGACGAAUACAACCAGUUUUUGCAGGAGGGAGGCGGGAGCUGCCUGUUCAACAAGCCCCUCAAGCUCCUGGACCCUCCCGAGUGUGGGAACGGCUUCGUGGAGGCGGGGGAGGAGUGCGACUGCGGGUCGGUGCAGGAGUGCAGCCGAGCGGGGGGCAACUGCUGCAAGAAAUGCACCCUGACACACGACGCCAUGUGCAGCGAUGGGCUCUGUUGUCGCCGCUGCAAGUAUGAACCACGAGGUGUCUCCUGCCGAGAAGCGGUGAAUGAGUGUGACAUCGCAGAGACCUGCACCGGAGACUCAAGCCAGUGCCCCCCUAACCUUCACAAGCUGGAUGGUUACUACUGUGAUCAUGAGCAGGGUCGUUGCUAUGGAGGCCGCUGUAAAACCCGGGACCGGCAGUGCCAAGCCCUAUGGGGCCAUGUGGCUGCAGAUCGUUUCUGCUAUGAGAAGCUGAAUGUAGAGGGGACAGAGCGUGGAAACUGUGGGCGCAAGGGAUCUGGUUGGGUCCAAUGCACUAAGCAGGAUGUGCUCUGUGGCUUCCUUCUAUGUGUCAACAUCUCUGGAGCACCUCGGCUAGGGGAUCUGGGGGGUGACAUCAGCAGUGUCACCUUCUACCACCAGGGCAAGGAGCUGGACUGCAGGGGAGGCCACGUGCAGCUAGCUGAUGGCUCAGACCUGAGCUAUGUGGAGGACGGCACAGCCUGUGGGCCCAACAUGCUGUGCUUAGAUCACCGCUGCCUGCCGGCCUCUGCCUUCAACUUCAGCACCUGCCCUGGAAGCGGAGAGCGACGGAUCUGCUCCCAUCAUGGGGUUUGCAGCAACGAAGGAAAGUGUAUCUGUCAGCCAGACUGGACAGGCAAAGACUGCAGUAUCCACAACCCACUGCCCACAUCCCCUCCCACUGGGGAGACUGAGAGAUACAAAGAAACAUCCGUCGUGGAAGGUCCGGAGGGGCCUAAGUGCCACCCUGCUCCCUCCGAGCCUGGCACCCACCGUCUCGGCCCUGAACCACGAGGCUGCCUCCACCCAGCUACAGAGGGAGGCACCAUGCAAAUGUCUUCCAGGUCCAGCCUUCAGCUCCUGGCUGCACAGGGGUUGGGGGUUGGGACUAUGGCCUGGCCUUUCAGACCACCUGGGUAGAGGGGCCUGGAGGAGGGCACUCACUGCCCAGUUCCUCAUCUCACCUCAUGCGGCUUUGGCCUUGCCACGUGUCCCCCUGUGAAUGUAGCCUCCAUCACCACAGCUCACGUUGGGGCCUGGACUGGUGCCUGCUGGGAGCAGCUGGGUGGCCCCUCUUCAAAACCAGGCAGCUGGAACCAGGGUGGUCGCUCCCCUGGACCUCACGGGAAGGGGCUGAUCUACAUUUUAUCUUUUUUUUUUUUAAACUUUAAUCUUAACUGAUGAAUGUAACCUUUGGGUUGCUGGGGCCAGGGGGCAGUUGUAGGGAUGUUUUAACACUUACACGAGGACCUCCAGGGCCUGAGGCCUUGAGACCUCCCACAUCCCUCUCUGGGAGGCCCAAACUGGAAUCCUGUCAGGGAACCCAGCGGGGGCAGGGCGGCCCUGCUCGCCCCACCUCUGCCCAGCUUAGUAGAAGUCAGAGUGCUGAUUCAAACCAAAGCUGCCUGUCCCGUGCCCACUGCCUAGCUCAUGGGACUCUCUGUCCCAGACUGUCUUCGAUUCCAAACUGACCAUUCUGUUCCUGCCAGGGCGCAUGCAUUUGGGGGUAUAGAAAAAUAUAGUCCCUAAAAUAAACGGCACCUUUCCCCUUUCAAGAAGGGUGAUUCUGGGGCUGUCUCAGGGUUCAGGUGCCCCCUGAUGUGUCCUGGCUGCUCCAGAGCAGGCUAUCUUAGCAGGGAGGACUCCACAGGUGGCCCUGUGCCCAGGGUCAGUGCCUGUGAUGUGUAAGAGGAGAUUGGGAAAAGGCGGGCCUCAUGGAUGGGUUAUAGGCUAGGAAAAUCCUCACGUCCUCAACCCCCACCCCACCCCCAUCCCCUGUAGUCUAGGGCUGAGUAGUGAGUUUACAGGUGUCCCUGUCUGCCCUCCUCUGGUCCUUGCUGCCGCCCAGCCUGAGAGCUGGACCAAGGCUGGCAUUGCUGCUCAGCCUUCCCACGCAGUCCAGCAGGGCCUGCCUUCACAACCCUAUGUGAGAUAGACAAGCUCUGGCUCCAUGCCCUAAGAGCCAGCUGGCGGGGCGGGAUGGAGCAGGCACCCUUAUGGAUGAAAGCCACAUGAAAGGAAGCCCCUUCUUGGGGAUACCCCACUCAGGCUAAGUAGUAGUUCUGGACACCCCAGAGCCAGAGAGUUGUCCUUUUGUGUUCCUCCUACUUCUGAGGACUCUUCAAGAAAGGCCAAUGGAGAAAGAGGCUUCCAUUAUCUAAACCAACCCAGUAGCCCCUUGGAGCCUACGACCCAUUGGCAGCUUUGGGGAUGGCCAGAUGGUGUUGGCCACAGUGGGGUCCUCCGCACUGAGCCCCAGCUGCCACUGUCCUAGUGACAACAGGACAGACCCAGGCCACCAGCCCCACUAGCUGAGGACAGGAGAAAGGCUGGAUUUUACAUUGUUGCUGGGAUACCUUGCGACUUCCCUCCAUCAGGUGGCACAUGCACACACAGGUGGCCGUGUACCUGGGAGCAAACGUGAAUCCACACCUCUGCACCACUGUGAAGGCCUCUGCAUACAAGGGCAUAACCAUAUGUGUCCACGUGUCCUUGGUGAAGAACACAAGACUUCCUGUGACCAGUCUACCCGGGGCCCCCAACUUCCUGCAUCCCCUGCCCCACCCUAGCAGUGCCUGUCCUGGCAGCACCUAGGAAAGAGAGGAGGGAGGGGGGCUACAUUCACCUGGCCUGGACCUGGGUCCCUCCACAUCCUGUAAAUAUGUCAUCUGGGCUGGGGUGGGGAGGCAGGGCCUGGGGGCCUACAUUAAAGAUUAAAGAUCACAUUCUGGGCUUCCACAGAGCUCACACCA